AUGUCUCAUCUACCGAAGAAACGUCAGGUGCUCCGGUCCCAAGUGACCCGAAUCAUCACCGAAGCCAACAGUCUACUGAGCGGGACUGGAGAAGCCACAUUGGACGCUCUCGAUGUGUUGAUCGAACGGCUUCAAGCGUGUCACCAGCAACUUAACGACGUAGACGCUGAAAUCGAACACAGCGAGAUCGAACAGAGCGAAGAGGAUUUUACGCGCACAUAUGAAUACAACGACCGUGUGAUUACCUGCAUCGCCAGACUGAAAUGCAAGAAGAAUGGAUCUGUACAAACUGGAAUACAGACCACUUCUACGACGAGAUCGACGGCAGUCAAGGUGAAACUCCCUAAAUUGGAGUUAUUGAAGUUCGACGGCAAGCAGCGAAAUUGGCAGGCCUUUUGGGAACAAUUUCAACGGCUGAUCCAUCAGAACGAAGAUCUGACCCAGAGUGACAAGUUCAGUUACCUAAAGUCGGUAUUAGUCGGCGAGGCAGCAGCUGCUAUAGCAGGUCUGCACUUGUCAGCAGAAUGCUAG